AUGUCUAAACUCUCCAGUGGCCUCAAGGCCCUAAUCAAUGUGCCCGCCGCGCGCCCAUCUACCAUCCCCGCGCCGGUCAACAUUACCUCGGUCUACCAGAAAAUCCAGCACGGAGCCCAGUCACAACGGGUCACGCAGCCGUCCUGGCUGGCUCUGUCGACGGCAGCUACCAUGACCAUGAACUCGCCCGACUCGCUGGCCGCCCUCUACCAGCUAGCUACCGCCUCCCCCGCCGCCAACCACGUCGAGACGGCCGAGUUCAUACGCGAAGUCGGGUUGAAAUGCAUCAGCUUCAAUGGCAUCCCACGCACCAUCAACUGUCUCAAUGCCUUCAAAGCCAGUCUCCCGGAGUCUGUCGGCGCCCAGCUGUCGCGCACGCCCACCCGCGCCCCGACCCCGGACAAUAUCGCGGCCAUCGGUACCCGGGGCCGCGCUCUCUGGGACUCAAUCUACCGCCCCUUUGAGACAAAACUGUACAACAAGCUCGCCGAAUCGCAUCCCGAUCUCCCUGUACACAUCCUGAACAGCCACUACGGCGCCCUGCUGUCGGAUCCCGUUCGAUCCACGGGCGCCUCGGCUGGCCGUGUGCUAACCUCCCUCGUUGCGGUGGCCUGUCUGCGCGCACAGUCUGGAGUUGGCCCCCAGGUGACCUCGCAUGUCUUUGGGCUACGAAAGGCUCUGGAGGAUGGGUCGUGGGUCGAUGAUGUCGAGGGUGAAGAGGCGGCGCGGUGGCUGGCAAGUGAUGAGGGAAAUACCUGGAUCUUGAAUAGUGUCGAUGCCAUCGUUGACGCGGUUAGCCAUGGCUCCGGGUCCAAUUUUGCGCCGACGCGCGCCAAGUUGUAA